UCGGCUUUGGCGCAGACUCGAAUUUCCCUCCGAACGACGACGCUUCAGACGACGAUGCAACGCUCGCUGACCUCCGCCAUGCGUGCGCGCCGCCUCGAGCCUUCGCGCAGAUCAUUCAGUGAUUCGACUCGUCGGCGCCAAGACGUUUCUCGAUUAUGGACUGUCGGCUCCUUUCCUAAAAACGACGACGUAGCAGAUAGCCCCAAGUCACCAAUCUAUGACACUUGGGGCAUGUUGUCAAGCUUGCCGACGAACCAAGUGUACGGCUACACGUCAGCUCUGCAUAUCAUUGGUACCCUGCCCAAGACGAAUCCUCGACCUACCUCGACGGCGGCAACCUCUCCAUCGACAUUUUCAGAACAGAGAACGAAAAGCAUUGUGAUGCCGUAAGACCGACUGGUUGUUUAUAUAUUGUCCGUCGUGAACUGAA